AUGUUGUGCGGAAUCCAGAGCUCCCAUAACCAUCACCACCACCCACGCCGCUAUUUCCUGCAACGAUUCAGGAGCCACAAGAGCCUGAAGGCCUGCGCCGACUGCGACUAUCCAGGCGCCGCUAGAGUCAUCAGAAAGCAUACAGACUCUGACCCAAACUCUCUGGCCAGUCCGCGGCCCUCUACCACCAGCCGGCGAUCCGAGAUGUUUGUCGACUGGGAUCCCUUGCGAUUACAUCCACCCACCACUCCAGGUCCGUCUCCACCACUUCAGCCUGAGGAGUUUGCUAGCAGGAGACAUCACUGCCACCACAGCAACGAUGAGCUUCGCCAUGUCCAUUCCAACCGAGCACUCCGUCCGAGAACAUACACCUCACCAUCAUCCGGCAACACAGUAAUCUAUGACGGUUUUGACUUUGGUUUCACCUCUCAACCCCAGCAACACCCUUCGAUCCCAACCAUUCUCAAAACUCCUCCUUCAAGAGGUCGAGCCCCUUCACCAGCUCCAAGUGACAUCAGCAGUGGAAGCAGUUUCCGACGACCCUCAUCCUCGCUGACCUCGUUGUCGUCUGUUUCCUCGACGUUACCCUCCUCAGAAGACGAGGAGGAGAUGAUUCUCAAGGUUGGUGGGCUGGCCCCGGCGCCACAAUCGUGGACCCGACCUCGCCCACGGCCGAAGGUCCAGCAUGAAGAUGAUGGUUUCGAUGAGAGCGGAGAGUUCUACCGCCGGGGCGGAUGGAAGAGACGAGGGAUCGUCUUUGUAAAUCCGGACGUUGACCUAUCCGGAACGGGGCAAUUCAUGAUCUAA